AUGGAUGGACAAUCGGCCCUGUCGGAAGCACGGCAUGGUUCACGAAGGAGGCGGCACUCCCAAAAUCUCAAAAUGGCCGCCAUCAGCCUCCCCAUCGUCGCUCGCGACAGCUUCGCCCAGCUCGCCAAGCGGACCAGCUGGCCCGCCGAGAAUCCCGGUGUCAUGGUUGUGUUCUGCGUCGUCUUCGUCGUCGCCGUCGGUCUCCUCGCCCUCUUCAUCUACAAGAAGAUGCUGGCCCGCAGGGAGAAGAGCCAAUCGACCGUCUAA